AUGCCCGUCGACUACAGUAAAUGGGAUGCCUUGGAGCUGUCCGACGACAGCGACAUCGAAGUGCACCCCAACGUCGACAAGCGAUCCUUCAUCCGCGCCAAGCAGACCCAGAUCCACCAGCAGCGCAUCGACCGCAAACACCGCAUCACCACCCUGGCCUAUGAGCGCGGGAUCAACGAUGGUCUCCUCCUGCGCAUUGACGCCCUUCUCAAAGCCCUCGAGACCCAUCAGACGGAGAUCCAAGGCCGCAAAGACGCCGACAGCAUCGAUGAGGUCGUCUUUGAUGCCCUCAUGGAAGUCACCGACGACACCAGUCUGGGUCCCGACAUGCCCCCCUCGCCGCCCAAGGGAGUACACGCGGGCCAGGAGCAGCCGAGUUACAGCAAGAUGAUGGGAGCCUUGGUCGAUCAGGUCAAAUCCGAGGUGAACAAGAGCGGCGACGAGGGCCCGGCGAGGUACGCUGCAUUCAUCCGGGAGGUGGGCAACCACGAAAAGAAGGUCAAGGAUCUCCAGGUCAACCUCGACGCGGAAGUGCUGCGAUUGGAAAAGGAAGAAGGCGGCAAGAUCACGAGCGAGAAUAUCCGCGAUGGUUUCAACAGCUCACAUGUACCCAAGGCUGCCCCCGCUCCAGCAGCAGCGGCGGCCACAAAGUCCACCAAGACCGAGCUGCUCAACAAACCGACGCUUGGUACGGGCUCCGAUGCGGAUGUCGAAGAAGGAUCGGUGGAUCAGGCGCCGGGCGAGGAUGAUGAAAACAUGUCAGCCUCACCCACAGCCAAACAGUUUGGGAAAAUCGCAUACGGAGACUACAAGGCAUCAUUACAAUUCAUUGGUACACAUCCGGAGAUUCUGGCGGAAAAGGAGACGGACGGUCUCCUCGUCGAGGCCUUUGAAGCCCAGUCCAGCGCCAAGAAUAAAAAGGACGAGGACUACGCCCGACAGUGUGUUCACCAAGCCCUACUGUUGCAGUAUUGCCGACAACUCGGCAGAGAUGGCGUCGGUCUCUUCUUCCAGCGUGUGCAGACACCCAAUCAUCAGGCGAGAAAGCUGUUCCUCGACGACGUCACCUCCACAUACGCACGGAUCCGCAGCAGAACCGCCGAGCUUGCGAAAGAAGCGGCCGAGAAUGAUAACGGAGAGAAAGAGCUCAUUCAACUCCACGCGGUGGAUCCAAACACCACCAUCAACAUCCAGACCCCGCCUCCACUCGAUCAGUGUCAGACCGAGGACGAGACCGAGUCGAGGAAGAUCUUUGACACCUUCCCGCCAGGACUGCAGAGAGCGCUGCAGAGCGGGAGCUUGGAGGAGGUCAACAAGAUCCUGGCCAAGAUGAGUGUGGAGGAGGCCGAGAUUGUAGUGGAGCAGCUGGGCAAUGGAGGCAUGCUCAGUCUGGAAGAGGGUGUGAUUGAUGCUACCACCGAUGAGGGCAGGAAGACUGUCGAGGAGAUUGAGCGGAAUCACCGCAUGCCCGGAGAGGCGGCUGAUGAGACGCCGCGAGGGAGGGUCAUGGAAGAGUUGACCGACGACCCGGGCAUGGAUUGA